UAUCUGGCAACAUCUGUGCUGAAGUCCGAGCUCGAGCUCGAUCUCAGAAAUGCUGCGCGCUGUUUUCUCGCGAACUCUCCUGCAGGUUUCCCGGAUCUCAGCAUGUCAGCACUCAACGAUUCCUGCCCCGAGUCUUCAUCCAGACGUUCACUACAACAAGAUUUUCAUCAACAAUGAGUGGCAUGAUGCAGUAAGCAAGAAGACUUUUCCAACCAUCAAUCCUGCUACGGCUGAGGUUAUCUGUCAGGUCGCAGAGGGCGAGAAGGCGGAUGUGGAGAAAGCUGUCAAGGCUGCUAAAGAUGCCUUUAAGCUGGGGUCUCCCUGGCGGCGUAUGGAUGCGUCCCACCGCGGGCUGCUCUUGAGCCGAUUGGCAGACUGCAUCGAGAGAGAUGCUGCUUAUUUAGCUGAACUAGAGACUCUCGACAAUUCAAAAAAAUAUACACGAUCUAACAAAGAUAAUUAUGAAAUUUCCAGUAAUCUGAAGAAGGUCACACUGGAGCUGGGAGGAAAGAGUCCAAACAUCAUUCUGUCAGAUGCUAAUAUGGCGGAGGCAGUGGAGCAGUCUCAUUUCGCCCUGUUCUUCAAUCAAGGCCAGUGCUGCUGUGCAGGCUCUCGCACGUAUGUGCAGGAGAGCAUCUACGAUGAGUUUGUUGAGCGGAGCGUAGAGAGAGCUAAGAAGAGGACUGUGGGAGACCCCUUUGACUUGAACACGGAGCAGGGCCCCCAGGUGGAUGAGGAACAGUUCCAGAAGAUUCUUGGCUACAUCAGCAGCGGGAAGCGUGAUGGUGCUAAGCUCAUGUGUGGCGGUGAGGCGGCGGCUGACCACGGUUACUUCAUCCAGCCUACCAUCUUCAGAGAUGUUAAAGAUGACAUGACCAUUGCUCGGGAGGAGAUCUUUGGACCCGUGAUGCAAAUUCUGAAGUUUAAAUCUUUAGAUGAAGUGAUUGAGAGAGCCAAUGACAGCAAAUAUGGCCUUGCAGCUGCUGUUUUCACCCAAAACAUUGACAAGGCCCAUUACAUAUCCAACGGCCUGCGCGCUGGCACUGUGUGGAUUAACUGUUACGACGUGUUUGGAGCUCAGGCUCCAUUCGGGGGAUACAAGGCCUCAGGAAUCGGCCGUCGUGAGUUAGGAGAGUACGGACUGAGACAAGAAUACACAGAGGUCAAAACGGUUACAAUUAAGGUCCCUCAGAAAAAUUCGUAAAUGGAUGAAUUCAUUUAAGGAAGCCAUCACAUAAUUAUAAGAGUCAUGGUAGGCAUUAUUUAAAAAAAUGAACAUUAUUCUGAUUCUCAUCCAUCAACACGAGUAAUUUGCUAAUGUGAACUGAAAAAUAAUAUGCGUUUAUUACAAAUUCUCUUCUGUAAAAGUAAAGUUCUAUCAGUGAUGAUUAGUUAGUCACGUAUAGUUGAUUUUAGGGAAGUUAUUGCUGUGAUUAUCCACCAGACAAAAGGAUUUGUAUUGGGCUGACUUUAUUCUGUUUAAUUCCAGC